CGGUCCCUCCGCCCCUAGGUCCCGCCACCACACACAGCCGGAGCUCGGACCAGGCGCCUGGCCCUCCUCCUCGCCCUUCGUCGCCCCUGUCGCCACCGCGAAGCCGGGAGCCGGCGGGAACCCAGCUCAUCAUGUCGGUCGCGCUCAGCAACAGGUUCCAAGGAGGGAAGGCGUUCGGCUUGCUCAAAGCCCGGCAGGAGAGGAGGCUGGCGGAGAUCAACCGGGAGUUUCUUUGUGACCAGAAGUACAGCGAUGAAGAGAACCUGCCAGAAAAGCUCGCAGCCUUCAAGGAGAAGUAUAUGGAGUUUGACCUGAACAAUGAAGGCGAGAUUGACCUGAUGUCUUUAAAGAGGAUGAUGGAGAAGCUUGGGGUCCCCAAGACCCACCUGGAGAUGAAGAAGAUGAUCUCAGAGGUGACAGGUGGGGUCAGCGACACCAUCUCCUACCGAGACUUUGUGAAUAUGAUGCUGGGGAAACGGUCAGCUGUUCUUAAGCUAGUCAUGAUGUUUGAAGGAAAAGCCAACGAGAGCAGCCCCAAGCCAGCUGGUCCCCCUCCAGAGAGAGACAUUGCCAGUCUGCCCUGAGGACCCCUGCUGGACCUGGACCUGCCCUGCCCUACCCUUUCCAGCUGCCCCACCCCUGUUCCUCCCCCCAGAUCUCCCUGGCCUUCUUGACUCAUUGUGAUUUGUCUUGUUUGUUUGGUCGUUGUGGGUUGGUUGGUUUGUUUUUUAUGGGACAGAAUCAGCGAUCUUUUUGUAAAGCACAAAUUAUCUGCCUUAAAGGGGCUUUGAUGGGGGGGAUCCUGAGCCUUCUCUCCCCUCUCCUGUGCAGAAGGGCUGACAUCCAACCCAAAAUUGUAAGGGAUGGGGACAGGGCAGUGAUGCUGGGAGCCUUUGUUCCCCAUCUUUGGAGCUGGCACUCUCUGUCUUUCCAGGUCUCUGAGCCAACCCCAGGCUUGCUGGCCUGGCAUUGGUGAGGAUCCCAGUUCACUUUCCGAAGGCCCUGGAGAAGGGACAAAGCUGCAGGCCCUCAUUAGGGUUCCUUCAGACAGCCCUGUGGUUACAGUGUUCUUAGGUUAGCCUGACCUCUAGGACACUGGCCUCUCAGUGCCCCAUCAUCCCAGCCGAUCUCCCCUCAGUCUGUGCCUCUUCUCAUCCUCAGUGAGGGUCCUCAAAGAGGUGAUGGAAGGAGUGAAGGAGAGGGGUUUGGCAGUUUGAGCCCUUUGAAGAAGGUACCAGAAAGAACCCCUCUGGCCUUGCCCCCAAGCAGUAGCCACACUUAUAUCAACAGCUUUGGGGGAGGGUGCAGCAUCACUGGCCCUUGCUGGGGCAGGAAAGGGCUUCAGAAAGAGAAGUGAGGCCAGGGGCUUUGGGGGAGGGGGUCAGCUCAGCCUAAUCCCACCUUUGAGGGAGGAUGCUAUAUAGGAUAAGAGAAUGAACAAUAAAAUACUCAUGGCAAAAAGUCUGCCCCACAACUAAGCCAAGAGCUGAGAAAUUGAAGGUUGCUUUUCUGAUCUCAAAUCUGCUUGAAACUUGACUACUUCCCUGAUUUGCCUUCCCACCCUACUCACACCAUUCAUUUACUCAUUCAUUCACUCAUUCAUCCAACAGAUAUUUAUUGACCACCUAUUAUAAGCUUUAAGUCCUCCCAUUUUAUCCUGACAUGCUGUGUUCACUGUCUCUCUAACUCCUCUCUCUUUCCAAAUCACCCAAAACCUUGAGCUUGGAAAUUCGAUUAGGGGCGUCUGUGUCCUGUUUUAUGGACUCACAGGAUUUAAGAAUCCAACUCAUCUUGUAGUUAGCUGAGCCAGUCCUCUUGUUUCACAAGUGAGUAAACUGUGGCGGUCCAUAAGGACUAAGUGCCUUGCCCCAAGUCAGGGAGUUAAUUUGGAGAUGGUCUCCUGAUUCCCUGCCUGUGCCUCAUGUCUGCCUCAGUUAGGGAAGAAAACAAGGGAAGGGGCAGGUAGGGGUGGUCUCCUAGGUCAAUGCUUGGGUAAGGCUUCUCUUCUCUGAAGGCCCUAUGUGAGGACUAACACUCCCCAGCACCUCAGAGUCAGCGUCAGAGUUUGCAUAAAGACCAGAUUGGCCUCUGCAGUUCUGCAUUCUGCGGAGCUUCCUGGCCGAGUCUUGGAGAACUGCUUCUCAGAACUCACACAGAUAAGUGUCAGACUUGUCCCCUUCUGGGCUGAGCAAGUGCUUCAGCCUUGACCCCUCUUGUGUCCUGGAGUCCUUUACUCCUUCCUGUGCAGGACUUAGACAUACUCAUUCAUUUAACAUGUUUAUUAAGUACCUGCUAUGGGCCAAGAACUGAGAAUCCAGCAGUGAAAUAGGAUGGACUCACAGAAGUUAGAGUUUAGAGUCAGACGCAGAUGAUGAUGAAUAAGAUGAUGUUAGGCAAGGGGUGAGGGUGGGAAAUAGAGGGGUGGCUGCCCUGUAAUAGUGGGGUGCCUAGCCAGGCCUAAGACUGGGCAAGAGUCUUGGAGAAGCCUUUGCAAAACCUUAAGUGGAAAGAUCUGGGGGCUGUUGGAGGUUGGACUCCUUGCAGGCUCCUAAGUGACGAUAAUCAAGGGUCCAAGGUGCUGCCCCCACACCUUGAGGGGGUAAAGCAUGUGGAGGUUUGAGAAAUGGCCAGGUUGGAUUAGUCUGCUGGUCUCAACCAGUUUAGGAGCAAGACUAUUUGGUCAUGACUGGCUGAUCUUCAGCCUAAGAAACUGCUUCAAAUGCAUAGGCCUAGUUGAAUAUUAAACCCCAGCAAAACAUUUGUCCCUGUAAAUGUAAAAUCCUACUCCCCACAUACUCCCUGGCUUUUUCUGUUUCCCAUGAGAUCAUUAGAUUAGUAACUGCCUGUCCUCACCCUUCCCACUACCUCUCCUCUCUGGGACAGGCUGGGACCUUUGAACAAGGUAAAGCCUCCCUUGACUACCCAUUAUAUUCAGUGUUCCUGUUCCUUACUCAGAGAGGAAGAUAGAAACAACCUGACUUAUUUCAGUGGGUUCCAUAGAUUACACGACCAUAGGAAGCCUCCUUAUGGAAGGAGAGCAAGCAGGUGUGUCCCUGGCUCCUGGAAAGGGUGGGAAAGAGGGUUCUCUUAUUGGAUGGGGGAUAUCCUGGGAAACCUCACCAGUUCCUUUACCACUUCUUUGAACCCAAUCCUUGAGGGGAGAGGGUCUCAAGAGUGGUCCCUGGGAAAGGGGAUCUGUAUGUAUUCCAGGUUGUGGCUAUUAGCUCUAGGACUCUUACUUCUCUUGGUAAGGGCUCAGCUUGAGACCUCAGCUGUCUUAUUUCUAAAAGACCAAAUCUAACUGUAAUGUAACCAGCAACUUGGGGACUGCCAAUUAUGGUUUAGUCUCUAUGACUCAAAAGGAAGGAGUUUGUCGGGCAAAUUCAAGCGGAUGAAGUAUGUGUGCGUGUGUGCAUGUGAGUGUGUGUGGUGUGGGAAUAUCAUUUCUACAGAUUGGGAAUAAACCAGACAAACUUA